GAGAGCCGACGGCGGGCGGGUGCAGCUACAGCCGGAGUGCCGGCGGGGGCUCGUGGGCCCCGCACCUUUACACUUCCUCACCGCCCGCGUCCUCGGACAUGGUGGCCCCCGGCUCUGUGACCAGCCGGCUGGGCUCGGUAUUCCCCUUCUUGUUGGUCCUGGUGGACCUGCAGUACGAAGGUGCUGAAUGUGGAGUAAAUGCAGAUGUUGAGAAACAUCUUGAAUUAGGCAAGAAACUACUUGCAGCUGGACAGCUAGCUGACGCUUUAUCUCAGUUUCAUGCUGCAGUAGAUGGUGACCCUGAUAACUAUAUUGCUUACUAUCGGAGAGCUACUGUCUUUUUAGCAAUGGGCAAAUCAAAAGCACUUCCUGACUUAACUAAAGUGAUCGAAUUGAAGAUGGAUUUCACUGCAGCAAGAUUACAGAGAGGUCACUUAUUACUCAAACAAGGAAAACUUGAUGAAGCAGAAGAUGAUUUUAAAAAAGUGCUCAAGUCAAAUCCAAGUGAAAAUGAAGAAAAGGAAGCCCAGUCCCAGCUUAUCAAGUCUGAUGAAAUGCAGCGUUUGCGCUCACAAGCCCUUGAUGCUUUCGAAAGCUCAGAUUAUACUGCUGCUAUAACUUUCCUUGAUAAGAUUUUAGAGGUUUGUGUUUGGGAUGCAGAACUACGGGAACUUCGAGCUGAAUGUUUUAUAAAAGAAGGGGAACCUAGGAAAGCCAUAAGUGACUUAAAAGCUGCAUCAAAAUUGAAGAAUGAUAAUACUGAGGCAUUUUAUAAAAUCAGCACUCUGUACUAUCAGCUAGGAGACCACGAACUGUCUCUCAGUGAAGUUCGUGAAUGUCUUAAACUUGACCAGGAUCAUAAAAGGUGUUUUGCACACUAUAAACAAGUAAAGAAACUUAAUAAGCUGAUCGAGUCAGCUGAAGAGCUCAUCAGAGACGGCAGAUACACAGAUGCGACCAGCAAAUAUGAAUCUGUCAUGAAAACAGAGCCAAAUGUUGCUGAAUAUACAAUUCGUUCAAAAGAAAGGAUUUGCCACUGCUUUUCUAAGGAUGAGAAGCCUGUGGAAGCUAUUCGAGUGUGUUCGGAAGUUUUACAGGUGGAGCCUGACAAUGUGAAUGCUCUGAAAGAUCGAGCAGAGGCCUAUUUAGUAGAAGAAAUGUAUGAUGAAGCCAUUCAGGAUUAUGAAACUGCUCAGGAACACAAUGAGAAUGACCAGCAGAUUCGAGAAGGUCUCGAGAAAGCCCAGAGGCUAUUGAAACAGUCGCAGAAACGAGAUUAUUAUAAAAUCUUGGGAGUAAAAAGAAAUGCCAAAAAGCAGGAAAUCAUUAAAGCAUACCGAAAAUUAGCACUGCAGUGGCACCCAGAUAACUUCCAGAAUGAAGAAGAAAAGAAGAAAGCUGAGAAGAAGUUCAUCGACAUAGCUGCUGCAAAAGAAGUCCUCUCCGAUCCAGAGAUGAGGAAGAAGUUCGACGACGGCGAAGACCCCCUGGACGCCGAGAGCCAGCAGGGCGGCGGCGGCGGGAGCCCCUUCCACCGGAGCUGGAACUCGUGGCAGGGCUUCAACCCCUUCAGCUCGGGCGGGCCCUUCCGCUUCAAAUUCCACUUCAAUUAGACCAGCUGUCUCUCCGCCCCUCUUCCUUCCGUUUUUCCCAGAUUAAAAACAAGCAAACCUUCUUCCGGGACCCUAAUGAA